AACAGAAGGGGGCGCAGGAAAAGACAUUAUCCAGUCAGCAAAAGAACGACGGAUAUACGAGAGAGGCAAAAGGGAGGGUGGGACGCAAGCGUGGACAUAGAUGUGGACAGCAGGACAUUCAGUGCCCUGGCAUUCGGCGGAACCCGUUCGCAAGCCAAAGACCAAGCAGAGCGAGCCAUUCUCGCCAUGCUGAAGGGUUCACCAGAAGAUGCUCAUGAGUUCGACAACAAGUACACGCUGGAGAAGUGCUUGUGGGACAAGAUAAUCAAAGCCAAGAAAGCCGCUAACUUGACCAAAAAGAUCUUCAAGGGUGAUGAUAUGCCUCCCAAGCUCAGUGACAGGUAUCAUGACAACCCGGAGCUUCAGAACGCCUAUUUCCCUGCCCAUUGGGAGGUUGAGCCAUGCAACCAGCAAGAGGAAAUCGACCUCAUGGGAAGCAUUUUGACCAUUGGUGUGGACGAGGGUUACAUGCCUCGAAGACAGGACCGCUCUGGAUUUUGCCGCUUUAUGGCCUUUGGGCAGGCAGUUACCAGCUACUUGGAGUACGAGGAUGACAAUCGGAAGAGUCUUGACGCUGCCGGCGCCAUGGUCCAGAAUUUGAUGAAGGAUGCGCAGCAGAUGAGCAAGAAAGAGGCAUAUGAGAUGCUGGAGAGAUUGAGAGCGAUCGCCCGGCAUUUCAGACGAUGCUGCGAACAGUUCAUUUGGCCACUCAAAAAAGAACCUCCCGCGAACUUGUGGCAGCUUCUCAAGAUUGUGAACCUUGAUCUGCUGGACGACAUUGACGCUGAGCGCGAGCGUGCUCUCAGGACGCUGAAACGCCGUGUGGAGGGCUCUUUCAUCCAGGUGGUAGACGGGUUAAAGCCCCGCUUUGAUCUUGCAAGCGUGGUCUUGGUCUGGGUCUGCAGCUGCGUUGGCCGGACUCUCGGACGUCAUUGGUAUCUGGAAGCAACCGGUUCUGGUCGCACUCGAAGUGGCAUACCUGGGAGCGACAUGGACAUGUACAUCAUGUCCUCACUGGGGGACCUUGACGUGGAUGCCAACAAGAUGGAGGUUUUACGCAAAUGCAUUCUCAAAAGGUACAAAAAGUAUCAGAGGUACGGCACAAAAUUGCCGCUAAAACCUGACCCGGUGAAGUAUCUCAAGAUACGCAAGAAUGGCAGAAAGCCAUCACACAUCACGCGCGUGGACCUUGGUUCUACACCAAAGGGUUCAGGCUUGAGACUGCGCGUGCAAGCCACGCUACACAACGAAACUUAUGAGGAGACUUACGACAUCUUGCCCUGGCGGCCCACCGAGAUUUUGCCUGACUUCUUGCAGGAGAAAUUCGUCCAUACCAGAGGGAAUAGCCAGGAGCGUGCCAUUGCGGAGGAGAAUGACUGGUACCGUGACCGGCGUGGACUUCAACGAGGGGCACGCACCGUCAGGUAUUUCCUGAGCAACAAGCACCUCGGCGAUGAUGCAGAGAGGGAGCUUGCGAUCAGGCAUGUGCUCAUCCGACGUUUGGUAUAUCAAAUCUCGCGCGUCGAGGGCUACGAGCCUAAGUUCAUGGAUAA